AUGGAAUCUCCGUUCCGGAAGCUCGUUUUUUGGGGGCUUGUCCUCGGUGUGAUAUCCGAAACUUCCGCCCAGGAUUAUCGUGCAACUUGCGGCAGACGGAGGGUGAAAUCGGUUUACCUUAUCCGAAAUGGGCUAGAUGCAAAGCUGGGUCACUGGCCAUGGUAUGCGGCCAUUUACGCGAAGAAUGAAAGUGGUGCAGUCAACUAUAAGUGCGGCGGUUCGAUCAUCGACGAGAACACUAUCCUGACAGCUGCUAGUUGUCUCUUUAAAACUGGCACGACAAACACAAGCGACAUCUCUAUCCAACUCGGCAACAUCCAUCUGACGGAAGAAACCGAGGACACUCAAAUUCAUGAUGUAAAGGAAAUCAUACAGCAUCCCGAAUUUAGUGGCGAUGCUUCGAAUGAUAUCGCCCUGAUCAAGCUAGCGACCAACAUCACAAUGACGAAGUUUGUGCAACCUGUAUGUUUGUGGACCAUGAGUGACUAUUCAUACUCAAUUAUGGAUAAGAAAGGAACGAUCGUGGGCUUUGGUUUGGAAAAUCAUUUAAAACAAACAACACUAGAUGUCGUAGAUUAUUUGACGUGUAUAAAUAGCGAUCGCGAAGUGUUUGGCAAUCUACACAUGUCAGAAAUGUUAUGUGUUGAAGGACAGGAUGGUACCGGUGCGUGUAGCGAAGAGAGCGGUGGCGGUUUAUACUUCGAAGUCGAAGGCAAAUGGUUUGUUCGGGGCAUUGCUUCGCUCAUUCCAGGGCAAACGGAAAAUGAAAUAUGUACUACCACCAAGCACGCUGCUUUUACCGACGUUACAAAGCAUAUCGACUGGAUUAAGAGGUACAUCGAUCCUGAGAUUUUGCCACUAAGUUCUGAAGCAAUCGAUGUGGAUUAUGCAGAGAAGCUUGAACUGUUUGAUUUGAAUACGUGUGGUGUGGCAUCGAACUCGAUCGCCGCCGGUGGUGUACAGUGGACCUUACCGUGGGUUGGAUUCGUCGGAAUUUAUCGUCCUUUGGACCAUACUAUCGAUAAGAGAUGUGUGGUAACGCUACUUAACGAAUGGUAUGCUGUUGGGCCUGCACAUUGCUUCCAAAACGAUGGAUUAGAGAGACGAGUUCUUCUCGGUGGUCAUACCGAAAUGGCACAAUCGAAUUGUGAUGAUCAUAUGAGUCAGGAAGCAUGCGAAAGCCAUACACAAAUGCUCCAAAUCCAAACAAUCUACAUUUAUCCAACGUACAGUAUCAACAAUACAGCGGACAAUAUAGCGCUUAUUGAGUUGCUCAACCCAGCCGAUACCACACAACCGAAUGUAAGGCCUAUCUGCAUACCUAUCGAGCCCAAGUUGCGCAUCGACUCCACAACCGGUCUUACAAUUGCCUUCCAAACAUCGUCUCCAAAAUCCUUUGGUAGCAAACCGGUUAACUACAUCGAUUCCGAGAUCUGUACUAAAAAGUACGCUGAACAAGAGUUCCCUCUAUUCCUUGCAUCAAAACGACUGUGCACACAAAUCUCGACUGUCGAUGCGCAGAACUGUACUCAGCUGAAAGCUGGUGCUCCUCUCCAGGUGCGAAAGAGGACUAACGACAAGGAGCGAUAUUUCCUGCGAGGAUUCGAUUUGUUUGAGCGCUCCUGCUCAACAGAGUUGCCCUCUGUCUUUAACAAUGUCAAUCCCUAUCUGGACUGGAUACUGUACAAUAUGAGAUACAGAGAUUGGGAAGAUGUGGACGAUAUAGCAAACGAUGAGGAUUCUAUCAUAGAGGAAAGCUGGAAUCAGUUGCGCCAUGAACUAGACCAGGAAAAAAUUUCUCUAUUUAAUCUGGACACUUGUGGAGUUACAGCCACAAUUGCUAACAAUGAAACAAAAGUUGAUCGUACCUUCUAUCCCUGGAUGGGACUGUUGGUAACGCACAAAAAUACAAUGAAACCGCUAACGUACAUCGAGAGCACGAUUGUAUUGAUCAGUGAUCGAUAUGCAUUAGCUCCAGCACACAUCGUGAACAACACUAUGUCAUGGCGAUUUGUUAUUCUAGGACAGUGCAACGAUUUGCUCUUAGCCAGCUGUGCCAACUCGAAUUGUGACCAUUUGUUUCAUAAAAUGGAAAUUAAAAACAUCCUAAUUCAUCCCUCGUACGUCGGUGACCCCAAGCUUCACAACAUCGCUCUAAUUGAGUUUAUGAAACCAGCGGAUUUGCAGCAUCGCUUCAUCAAUCCCAUAUGCUUGCCACUCGUACAAGAGAUCCGGGAUACAAAUCCAUUAGAAUUGACAGUGGUGCCUUUCAGGAACUAUGAUAACGAGAUUAAAACUUUAGCAGUGAUGCAUCCAUUAAACUGCCAAGUGCAGUUUGCACAGGAAGGCAUGCUGGUAUCAUUAGAUCAAAUUCCCAAAUGUGCUGAGGUCGCGAAUAAGAUAGUUGGAAAACGUGUGUUCCUUAAAUCUGGAGCAAUGCUGCAAACUACUUCACUGAUUGGCGGACAAGAUCGCUACUUCCUCAGAGGCAUUAAUAUACUCAAUGACAACGUUACAGAAAGAUAUCAAUACUUGCCGUACGCGUUUACGGAUACCGAUCGGUAUCUAGACUGGAUCUUGGCUAACAUGAAACCAAUCUCCAACCUAAGCUCAUCUGCAACACACGAUCUAGCCGAGUAUCAGCCUGUUAAUUCUGGUCCAGUAAAUCUUACUUCCGUGAAGAAUCAGGAAGAAUCGCUCAAUCUGACAACCUGUGGAGUGUACCCGAAAGUGCAAGAAUCGACAAACAAGCUCUACUCUCCUUGGAUGGGAUAUGUGACCGCUCAUCCCGAUCCUAAGGAUUUACUGUGUGUGGUAAUUUUGAUAAGCGAAUCGUACGUCUUGGGACCAGUUCACCCCAUCAUCGAUCGUACAGACAUAAAGAUCCAGCUUGGCAGUAUGAUCGACUCAUCCGACGUGGAGUGCGAAGAAGGCGACGAAUCUACGCUUUGUGAUCCGGAAUUGCAGCGCAUCCCAAUAAAGAAAAUGAUUGUCCAUCCGCUCUUCAAUCGAUCGGAUUACAGCAACGACAUCAUGCUGCUGCAGCUCUCACGAUCAGUGAAAAAACCCCAGAUUAAUCCGAUUUGUUUGCCGAUCAACGAUCAGAUUCGAAGUUACGAUAUUUCGAACAUAAGAGCCCACGCCUUUAAUUUGGUCACGUUGAACUUCGUCGCGAAAAAGCUGGACGAGAACACGUACAUUCCUUCGACCGAGUGUCAACACCGGUGGAACAAAUUGGCACUGAACUGGCAGCUGGAAAAUGUGACCCAAUGCAUAGUGGCUCAAUUUUCUCCAAACACGGAAUGUUUGACAACACUACCCGGUUUUCCGGUGUAUACUCUUCAAACAUUGGAUGGAAUGGAAAGACUAUUCCUGCGCGGGUUUGCCAAGGCAUGGCCUCAUUUCUGUAGCAAAUACUAUCCCGUCAUUUACACUAGCAUUGAUGCUCACCUGGGCUGGAUACUGGAGAACGUUAGCAACAGCAGUGCAGUUGUUUAA